GCAGCUCCCGAAUUCCUUCCUUUCAAGAUCUACCUACCGCAAUGAGGUCCCUGGUCCUUUUGGCAGUGAUGGGGCUGUGCUCCCCCUCGGUUCUCCCCCAUCAGGCCUCCUACACCCCAUUCCCCAGCUACUCCUACGGCGGCACCUACCAGCCCAAGUACGUGGGUCCUCUGGCUUCCUCCGUUCCAGCAGGCGUCGGCGGGAAAGUCAUCCCCGUCUCGGACACUUACGAGGUGGCUGCGGCUCGCCAGGCCUUCUUCGACGCCUACCAGAAGCAACUGGCGGCCGUCGGCGCCUAUGGGCGCUACGCUGCCGCCCCUGUCUACCACCACCAAGCCCCUGUGCACGCCGUGGUCCACGCCCCUGCAUACCUCCCAGCAGCCUCCUACGCCCACACCAUCCCUUCGGCGGUCGUGGUGGCCAACGGCCACGUCCAGGACACUCCGGAGGUGGCGUCCGCCAAGGCGCAGUUCUUCCACCUCUACAACAAACAGGCCGCUGCAGCAGCCGCCGCUCCUGACGACUACGUCGUCAAAGGGAACGACUACUAUCACGGUCACCACUACUGAAGGAGGAGAGGGCGAAAGGAAUGGUGUGGAAACGUAACUAGCUUUUCAGUGGAAGAAUCUUAUGUCUGCAGACAUCAUGGUCUUCUACUUUUCAAAGACGAUGAAGUAGUUCGUGGAUAUUUUAUUUAAUGUUAUUAUCAUUGAAUAAUGGUCUUCUAGUGUACCAGAGCUCAUUGUCGGCUUUAGG